AUGAGUGCAAGUCGAUAUGCAGUUGUUCGACGUCUUAGUCGAGUACUUCUAUUACCUCUACAUGGCCAUACUAUGACUAAUGAUAGUAUGCGCCGUCGAAAAAUUAAAGAUUCAUCUUCUACUGGUGAUCAUCAAAUAUGUGCAAGAGAAAAUUGUUUAAGAUGUUGUAAAAAAUUUGCUGCAUUUAUGUUUUCACGUGUUGGCCUAUUUUUUGUUAUGAUCGGUUAUGUUGCAUUAGGUGGCUGGUUAUUUCAAGCACUUGAAGCUGGUAAUGAACAAGAUAUGCGUCGUUCAAUGAAUGAAAAAUUUAAUUCAACACUUUAUAAAUUAUGGGAUGGAAUUUUACAAGUUAAUUCAUAUCCAUAUAAUGAUAAAAAAGGAAAUUUUACAUUAUAUGCAACACAAGAACUUGAAAAAUUUGAAGCAACUGUUAUUCAACAAAUACAACAAGGUUUUGAUGGACGAACAAGACCAGGUGCUGAUCCGGAUUGGAAUUUUUUUGGAGCUAUACUUUAUGCUGUUACACUUGUAUCAACUAUAGGUUAUGGUCAUAUAACAACAAAAACUAUACCAGGAAAAGUUGCAACUGUACUUUAUAGUGCAUUUGGUGUACCAUUAAUGAUGCUUUUUGUUGCAAAUAUUGGUUCAACAAUGGCAAAAUUAUUUGCUUUUGUAUUUAGUCGUAUAAAAAUGUUAUUUUGUUGUCAAUGGAAAAAUAAAAAAAGACGAAAAAGUUUAAAACAAUUUCAACAAAAAAAUAAUCAAAUAUCAAUUAAAAUUGAUGAAGAAAAAUCCAUAAAAAAAUCGAAUUUAAAACAAACUAAAGAUGAUCAAGAAAUAAUAGAAAAAAUUUCAAUUAAUAAUAAUAAUAAUAAUAAUGAUGAUGAUGAUCAAUUAACGAUAAUUCCUUUACAAACACAAAUUAAUUUACUUCCUCAACAUAAUAAAUUUUCAAUGAAAGAUACAAAACAAUUACCAGCUGAUGUUCGUUUAGAUAUGUUAACAGGAGUUCCAAUAGAUAUAACAAAAUCUCAUUCAUUAACAUCAUCAAUAAGUACAAUUGGUGAACGAUCAAAAGAUGCACUUUUUCGUAUUAAUGAACUUAUUCGACAAAAUUCCGUCCAAGAUAUUGACAAUUCAAUCAAUGAUGAAGUUUUUAAUGAUAAUGAUAUUUUAUUAAUGUCAAUUAAUCAAGAUAAACAACAACGUUCUAAUGAUAUUAGUCCAAUACAAUUUUAUAUUAAUGAAACAAAUAAAUUAACAAAUAAUUUAGAAAAUUCACUUAAUGAUCAAAUUUUUAUAAAAUCAAAAGAAGAAAAACCAAAUAUUACAAAUCUAGAUGAUAUGAAUAUUCAACAAGCUAUUAUUCGUGAGAUUCCUUCUACUAUUACAACUACGAAUGAUGAUAUUAAUAAAAGAAUAGUUGAAAAAGAUACUACAAAAGAAAAAUCUUCAAAAGAAAAAUUAAAACGUUCAAAAUCUGAAUCAACAUAUAAUCGUAAAUCAUAUAUAAAAACAAAUAAAAAACCUGAUUCAUCAUCAAGAAUUGAUAAUAAUGAAAUAACUAAAUCUACACGUCGACGAUUUUUUUUACGUAAAUUAAAAAAACGAACAAAUCAAAUAAAUGAAAUCAAUAUAAAUAAUUCAUUAGAACAAGAAUCAAAUGAAAUAAUCAAUGAAACAACUCGAAAAUUAGGACGAAAAUCUUUAAGUUUCGAUGAACAUUUACAUUCAUUACCUCCUCCACCUAAUUAUGAAGAAUCUACUAUACAUGAUAUAACAUCAUUACCAAUGGUAACAUGGAAAUCCGAUAAUGAAUUAUAUUCAACAAAACCUACAUUACAUUUUCCAACAACUAUUCAUACUGAAAAUGAUGAUGAUAAUGAUGAAUUAUAUGAAGAUGAACAAAUGACUGUACCAUUACUUGUUACUGUUUUUGUCAUUCCGCUUUAUUUAACACUUGGCGCUAUAUUAUUUAAUAUUUGGGAACGUUGGGGUUUUCUUAAUUCAUUUUAUUUUUGUUUUACAACAUUAACAACGAUCGGUUUUGGAGAUUAUGUACCUGGUGCAUCAAUAACUGUUUUAGCUGCAAAAGAAAAACUUAUAUGUGCUUCAUUGUAUAUUUUACUUGGUCUUGUACUUAUUGCAAUGUGUUUUAAUUUAAUGAAAGAACAAUUAAUUCAAAAAGUUAAACAAAUCGCUGGUAAAUGGGGAAUUUUGCAAACUUAG